AUGGAGGGAAACUCGGACAUCAACACAAUCCUGACCAAUUCGUUGUCGCCAGACAACACGUUGCGUCAACAUGCUGAACAGCAACUCGAACAGGCGGCUGUUACAAACUUUUCUCUGUACCUCGCAACACUCGUCCAAGAACUCGCAAAGGAAGAUGCCCAGGGCCACAUCCGAGCCGCUGCUGGUCUAGCCCUAAAAAAUGCAUUCACUGGCCGGGACCCGGCACGGCAGGCUGACCUUCAGGCGAAAUGGCUGCACCAGACCGACCAGGAAACCAAGACGAACAUCAAGCAGCUCGCCCUUCAGACUCUAUCAUCGACCAACGCUCAGGCUGGCCAGGCCUCUGCCCAAGUCGUCGCCUCUAUUGCUUCUAUCGAGCUCCCCCGCAAUUUAUGGCCCGAGCUUAUGCCCUCGCUCGUACAGGGUAGCCAGGAUCCGGAGUUGCGCACCAGCUUGAUUGGCUUCUCCAACUCAAUUUUGACUGCCGUGGUCCAGGGUGCUCGCAAGGAGGAGACCAACAACGACGUCCGGUUUGCUGCCAUCACCGCUCUCAGUGAUUCUCUCGAGUUCGUCGGCAACAACUUCAAGCACGAGGGCGAGCGCAACUAUAUCAUGCAGGUUGUCUGCGAAGCCACACAGGCUCCCGAUAGCCGCAUCCAACAGGGUGCAUUUGGCUGCUUGAACCGCAUCAUGGCCUUGUACUACGACAACAUGCGCUUCUACAUGGAGAAGGCUCUCUUCGGGCUCACUAUAAUGGGUAUGAAGUCCGAGGACGAGGAUGUCGCGAAGCUCGCUGUCGAGUUCUGGAGCACGGUUUGCGAGGAGGAGAUUGCCAUUGAAGAUGACAAUGCACAGAUUGGACCGAUUGAUGACCAGGACCAGCUGCGUCCUUUUUACAACUUUGCUCGCGUUGCCACGAGCGAGGUGGUGCCAGUGCUGCUACUGCUACUCUCCAAGCAAGAUGAGGAUGCUGCUGAUGACGAGUACAACAUCUCACGCGCGGCAUAUCAGUGCUUGACCCUUUACGCACAGGCUGUGGGUCCCACCAUUAUCCCACACGUCAUCCAGUUUGUUGAGUCGCAUUUGCGUCACGAAGACUGGCAUCUACGAGAUGCUGCCGUCUCUGCGUUCGGCGCGAUCAUGGAGGGACCUGAUGAGAAGGUGCUCGAGCCCAUUGUCCAGUCUGCUCUGGCUAUAUUGAUCUCGAUGAUCGAUGAUCCGUCGAUCCAAGUGCGUGAUUCCACAGCUUUCACUUUGGGACGAAUCACAGAAAAUUGCUCGCAAGCCAUCGACCCCGCUGUUCACCUCGACCCUCUUAUCGAAGCGCUUUUUCGCGGCCUGCUGAGCAACCCGAAGAUGGCUGCCUCCUGCUGCUGGGCCCUGAUGAACUUGGCGGAGCGCUUUGCUGGCGAGCCGGGUGCCUCUACUAACCCCCUUACUCGCCACUUCACUACCAGUGUCCGUCAUCUAUUGACCGUCACUGCACCAGAUGCUGGCGCCGAGCCUGCUGUGCGCACUGCCGCAUACGAGGUUCUCAACACCUUUGUCACCAACUCCGCCCAGGACAGCCUGCAAGACAUCGGCUCUCUGUCAGAUGUUGUGCUUAAGCGUCUUGAAGAGACUGCCCCACUGCAGACUCAGGUCGUUAGUGUCGAGGAUAAGAUCACCCUGGAAGACAUGCAGACUAGUCUGUGUACUGUGUUGCAGGCCGUUGUCGGUCGACUUGACAAGGAGAUCGCUCCCCAAGGUGACCGCAUCAUGGCCGGUCUGCUUCAGAUCCUGUCCAACUCUGGUGGAAAGUCGUCUGUGCCUGAGGCUGUGUUCGCCGCUAUUAGCAGUUUGGCGAAUGCUCUUGAGGAUGACUUUGUCAAGUACAUGGAUGCAUUUUCACCGUACCUGUUCAAGGCCCUCGACAACCAAGAAGAGCCUAGCCUGUGCUCUAUGGCCAUCGGGCUUGUUAGCGACAUCACCCGUUCCAUGGGCAUUCGCAGCCAGCCGUGGUGUGACAACUUCAUGAACCUCUUGCUGAACAACUUGCGCAGCACCACUUUGUCGAACCAGUUCAAGCCAGCCAUUCUGCAGUGCUUUGGCGAUAUUGCUGGUGCCAUCGGCGGCCAUUUCGAGACAUAUCUCUCAGUUGUUGCCCAGGUAUUGCAGCAAGCGGCCACCGUGUCGGCUGGCACUGACGGUAGCUAUGAGAUGUACGACUACGUCGUCUCAUUACGGGAAGGUAUCAUGGAUGCCUGGGGCGGCAUCAUUGGUGCUAUGACCUCUAGCCAGAAGACUGCCAUCCUGCAACCAUAUGUGCAAUCUAUCUUCCAAUUGCUCAACGUUAUCUCGUCUGACGGAAACCGGAGCGAGGCGCUCAUGCGGUCUUCAAUGGGCGUCAUUGGUGACCUUGCGAGUGCGUAUUCGAAGGGCGAGCUUUCUGAGGCUUUCCGGCAAGACUGGGUGCUCCGCCUGAUCAAGGAGACUCGCACCAACCGCGAGUAUGCGCAACGCACGAUUGAUACUGCCAAGUGGGCACGCGAGCUUGUUAAGAACCAAAUCGGCGGUACGACAAACGUCAUUCAGACAUGA